GGGUACUUCUACGAAGUUGUGGCAGGCCAACACAUCAUAGCCGCGAAGAAGGAAAUCUACGAGGAGACCGCCAUGGAGAAAGAUAGGUGCAUGUGUGCAGUCUACAUGGGCGUUACAGAGGAGGAAAAGAUGGACCUUGCACUGCACAACGCCACGCUGGAAGCGAUUCCGUUCAAUGUCCUUGAUGUUUUGCAGAAGUACCAAGAUGCUGAGGAGAACUCGUCUGACAUCCUACAAUCAUUCAGGACUGUUUUAAAGUGAGCUUAACUCGUUUUCCUGUUCUUUUAGACAUUUCUGACAGGAUGAGA